AUGAACAUUCUGCGAAUAGCAUGUCGUUCUUUUCAUUGCCUGCGCUGCGGUCCAUUACUCAAUGAGAACAGGGGAUGGUCAUCCAAAAAGAUUAUUAAAUUAGUCAAUAAAUCGAGUUUGUCCAAUAAAGAGUUUACAGAAAAAGUACGAGAUGGUACGAAAGACAUUCCUGAGUGGAAGAAGCAGAAAAUGGCAGUUAGAAAAAAAUUGCAAGGCCAGAGGUGGAACCCACCAAAAAAGAUAUCACAGGAACAAAUGGAGGCUCUAAGACUAUUGAAAUUCAACUUUCCUGAACUGACAGCAUCUGAUCUUGCAGACCGGUUCAAAAUUUCUCCCGAGGCUGUUCGAAGAAUUUUGAAGUCCAACUGGAAGCGUACUGAUGAGGAAAACAAUAACACCUACGAGAGAUGGAAAAGAAGAGGAGAACGGAUAAAAGAAAUGUAUCAAAGAAAAGAGGAUGCCGAUUUUGUAUCCAAUCAAAUUGUUACUAGCAGAAAGAUUAUACUUGGGUCCAACUCAAAUUCACCUGAAUUAAUAGCAAGGAAUGUUCGCACUUUUAAACCUUUCAAGCCUAACAACAGUACACCUGAAAAGAAAAACACCAACAAACUAUACAUUUUGAAGCAUUUGGGCUCGAAACAAUAA